AUGGGGAGAAUUAAGAAGGCAGCGGGCUCAAAGCAUGAGGCUACAAUCUCACCAUAUUUGUCCGAGUUUAUCAAGCUUGCGAUUAAUAUACCCUUGGCCCAGCUUCCAUCACACCUCAGAACUCUUCCACGAACAUGGCCAUUCCCACGAGGCGAUCUUUACCAUUGGAUUCCCCUAUUAGAUCGGUUUGACGAUAUCCUGGCCUCCGUGAUUGAGCGGUAUGGCUUGAAUACUGGGCCUCAGGUAACUCCGUUUGGGCGAUAUGUUUUGCUCGAUGCACCAGGCGUGGAGAGUGGCAAUGUUGAUGAAGUGCUCGACUCUCUGGGCUAUGGCCCCGAAGGUGAUCGCGAACUUGUGGAAGCCAUCCUCUAUUUCUCGCAGCUUUUACAGGAGAAAUGUGGAAAUCGCAGUCUAUAUAGUAGUAGUGACCGUCUGAACGACCUGUUGAACACGACGUCAAAUUCCUUGCUAAUACUGACACUUCGACUUGCUCUUCUACUUGCUCAGCGAUACCAUGCUAGGCAACGAAAUGCAAGCACCACCCAUUUUCAACAGACCUUGCUUGCUGCACACUACAACAUAGAUCUUGAUAAGGUGCAGAAACUUGCGUCACCUUUUCCCCGACCGACGGUAUUCGGUAAGGCCCCAACUGCACCAAGUUCACCUGCCGUUGCUGCAAAAGGCACAGAGAAGGCUGUCCAGACAAGAUAUGACGCCAAUGAUGCCAUGGUAUUACUUCGUGAAACAGAUGGAUGGGAGGAAUGGGGAAACAUCCGAGCUGUAUACUACCCUGGUGUUUCUGAACAGGACAAACCCUCUUCGGAAACGCAACCAAAUGAACAGCCUCCUCAACUCCAGGCUCCUUCCACCCCUACACCGUUGCGGAGAAGUGCUACAAUGCCGACUCCACGACUCAGCCGUAUGUCCAGCAAUGAGGAAUCCCCUUCCGUGUACGGUGCAUCGCCAUCUGCGAGGAUGGCAGAGUCUGCUCGAAAUUCUAAGAUUGUGGAAGUGUCAGCAAUAAGGGUUGCAUCCACUCCGCUGGAACCACUUCUCGAAUCAAAAUUGAACGAAGUACCAGCAGAAUCAAAAUACGACUUUCUGCAUAGAGCUCGGGUUGCACAAUCCUUGGUCAAGUCUCAAGUGGCCCGUGAACAAAUACUAUCCAUUCGCAUCCUUGCCCUUACGAACUUGGCAUAUGUUUAUCCUGAAGCGAUAAUGCAACAGAAAAUUCUGCAACAGGAUUCAGAUCAGCCUAAGCGUUUGCAGAUUGCCUACCAACUUGCCGAAUUAACCCAUUUGGCCGCCAGUGGAGACCUUUCAGCUCUCCGAACGACACAGACUUCCGCUUUAUAUGCUUUGGACGCUCUUACAAAACAUAAGUCAAGGUCGGCCGAUGUUUGUGCGGCUUUGAAUGUCAACGUCAACCAUGGCAUUCUCAUGUUUUUGACGCGAAAGGCAAUAUCAGAGCUCUCAAGUGAGCAGGAUGAUGGAGAUGAGUCUGACGAAUGGCGAGACGCUUUACUCUUAUUGCUCAGGACAUUGCCCGGAUCGAGCUCAAGAACUCCUGAGACUUUAAUUGCGGCAGGGUUGAUUCCUAUGUUUGUGGAUGUACUUAAUCUGCGCACCGAGAAGGCACGACGUGUUUAUCCACGUGUCUUGGAGUUUCUUGAUACAUUCGUGCAUGCUGUUCGAGAUGCCCUGGGAACAUUGGCUAGUGCCAAGGGAUUCGAUGCUAUCUCUGAUUUAAUAGGAUUUGAAACGAAAUCUGCGUUUGAAAAUGUUAACCAGAAUGUCGGCAUCUCCGCCGAAUAUCGCACACCCUCGGUCGAUUACGACAUUCCAUAUUUUCAACAACAAUCUUUGAGAUGGCUUUUUAGAUUCGUCAACCACAUCAUGCAACAUACUGGUGGUGGUUUCGACCGACUGCUGCGCAAUCUGGUCGAUUCUCCCCCUUUACUGAUGGCCCUUCGUCUCGUUUUUGAAAAUGCCAAAAUUUUCGGUUCCCAUGUUUGGAGCGGGGCAGUGAAUAUUCUGAGUAGCUUCAUACACAACGAACCCACCAGCUAUGCUGUCAUUGCUGAAGCCGGUCUUAGCAAAAGUUUGUUGGAAGCUAUUACCUUGAAAGAUUUGAAACUACCGGACAUUGAAUCUACUGCGAUGAUAGAUGAAAACGAGUCUGUACCCCAACCAGAUGUGCCACCUUCAAUUUCCUUGGUAGCUCGGGACCAAUCCUACACUCUCGCUAGAUCCCAAGACCAGCAGCUUGCUCGUGGAAUUAUACCCGCCUCAGAAGCCAUGUCCUGCAUACCUCAAGCAUUUGGUGCCAUAUGUCUCAAUUCAGCUGGACUGGAGCUUUUUCAAGCUUCAGGCGCACUGGAAAGUUAUUUUGAGAUCUUCGAGAGCCCUGCGCAUGUGAAAUGUAUGGAUGCUAAUCUAGUUCGCUCAUUGGGAACGACUUUUGAUGAGCUUGUCAGGCAUCACCCGGCUUUAAAGAAAUCUGUCAUGUCAGCUGUGCUGGUGAUGGUAGCCCGCGUUGGUUUGUUGUGUAAAAAAAUGGCCUAUGAUGGUGCCGGUGCCAAGUUAUGGACUUCAGAUGCACAAGGAAACAUGGUGGUAGCAGGAGGUGAAUACGGUCUGUUUACUGAGAUUGGUGAACCUUACGAGGAAACGAUCAAGCGUGGAGGUCAAUUUUUCUACCCGCCAUUACAGGAAACAACUCUCCCGAACGGUGGUAGAUUGAAUGUUGGCCAAAUAACCGAUCUGACCCUUCAAAGUACUCCAUCUGCCCCCUCAGAUGCCGAUGAAUGGGGGCUUACAGCUGCCAAUUACAUAUACCCAGUCAUGCGUUUUCUCGGGGCAUUCUUUGAGAACCAGGUCAAUUGCACGCAUUUUAUUGAAUCCGGAGGUGUCGAGUUCAUUCUUGACUUUGCAACAUUGCCUAGCCUGACCUAUGACUUUCAGAGUCGUCAAGCAAACAACGAGCUUUCCCAAUUGGUGCACAUGAUGGCAGAAACAAAACCCCACCUCGUCAUCCCCUCUUUAGUCAAGCGAGCUCAAAAUUCUGUGGAUUGUCUUGGAGACUUCUCCAAAGAGCCUAGGCAAAAUGGCUUUUUUACGUCAUUAGCCAGACCCGAAGUCGGGGAUGCUGUGGACCGCGAAAAAGCAACUGAAGAUGAAGUGCUGAUCAGAGAACGGGGGACAUACUACGUAAAACAUCUUGUUGCAACACAUGUAUUGACUGACAUCCUCCGCGAGAUAUAUACAACUCCAAUGUACCAGACACGCCCUAGUCAACAAACAUCGGCUUUCUCUCAGGUCAAUUUAACCGAGCAGUAUACGAACCUCGUCACUUCAUUGGGGACACUUCAUGCUGCAUGUGUCUGGGAUGAAAUUAUCUUACAAAAGAACUUGCCCAAACGCUGGAUUGAAGCCACGAAAGUGCGAGGCUACGAUCUUGGUAGCGAGGAAGCCAAGGAUGCUGUCGGAAUGUCCAGCAGUGAUGAUAGGCGCGGUUCACCAUCCAAUGUUGAGCCAGCUCGACCGUCAUCGUCUGCGACAACAAGUGCUCCAGAGGACGGAACAUUCAAGUCUGCACCAGCAACAUCAACAGACGAAGGUACCCAGUUUGAUGAAGACCACAAGCCUGCUUUUAGAAACACGCAAACCCUUCGCUAUCUUCUCAGCUCUUUGCCAACGACAAUUUCCGGAUUCUUCCAUCUACUUGGGCAUGGCAUCCUGGGGAAGCGUCGUCCUGAUAUUCUCGCUAGGCAAAAUGCUACAAUGGUGGCUGAUGCCAUAGCUCAAGUUGUCCUUCGUCAGCUACAAUUAGAUGCUCCUAAUAAGUCCUCUGACCCUAAAGAUCGCUUUUCCUAUCUCAUCGUGAUCUUGUCUGCUUUUACUCAAUUGCUUUUUGAAGCGCCCGUGGAGCGCUCUCAUUCCCAUUGCCUAACAGCAAUUCUGUUUGCUUUCAAGAGGCAAAAUGGCUUGAAAGCGUUGAAGAAUUUAUGUGGAUUAUUCUUGCAAGAGAUCAACUCCUUGACACCACAAGUCGGGGGAUUUGACGAUUCUGAUAAGUCGGCUCGCUUGGCUUCAGCUUAUGGCGGGUUGAAAAUUAUUUUAACCUUUUUCUCUGAAGUUACAUCAGCCAAAGAGUCGAGUCAGACACAAGCCCUUUUAUCGCUGGAACGCGAAAGGGACCGUUCUGAUUACUUCAACCCUGGACAGUUCUUGGUCGAUUUAAGGAUGGAAGUUUUGCCUAUGGUGAGGGAAUUAUGGAGUUCCGACUUUGUUGACAAAGCCUCGAGCUCUAUUGUGAAGUGUCUGGUUGACAUACUACGCUCCAUUCUCGACGGAGAUCAUGAGAAUGGCGCUAUCAACCAGAGGAGCAACAGUCACCAGUUUUAUUCCGAUGAUCCUAAGAAGGAGUUUUUACUUAAUCAGGAACGAGUGAAUACGCUCGUCGAUAGGGGAUUCAGCUUAGACUUAUCGCAUGAGGCGCUCUACCGCUGCAACAAUAUUUUGCCCACCGCAGACGAGUAUUGCCAAGCUCAGACUUGGUUGCGACCACCACCGAGACUGCGACCUGAGUUUGACCUCCAGUCGACGGGAAGAACGAACAUGCCCGCGGAAGAUACACCUGUAACAGAUACUCCUUUCAACAUGUCAGUGACGGAUUCUAAUUACGCCCUGGCGAGACUUUUCUCCGAAGGUUCGGCCCGCUUAGUACAAGGUGAUAGAAAUUUGAAUAGCGAUUUGGAACGUGAGGCUGGGAGCAACGAAAUCCUUACGAGAGCCCUGCAUCACAUAUUCAGCGAUUCAGAACCUCUUUUGAACGAAUCUUCGGAUGAGACACCAUCACGAACACAUCGUCGCUCUCCAAACGAGCCGUCGGGCCAGUCAACAGAACUUCGCAGGCGUGAAAUUGCUACAAUUGAAGACCUUGACAUUGAACGCGACAAAGUUCGAAAAAAUAUGAUUGAGCGAUGUCUCGAUGUCCUCAAUGUUCACCACGAUGUCACUUUCGAAUUGGCCGAUCUCAUUGCUGCGGCCACAAAGAAGCACCGAGAUCCAGAGGGAUUUAGAAAGGAAGUAGGGGAGACCUUGGUGCAAUCACUGAUCUCACUGCAGAUAGAAGACGAUGUCCAGCCUUCGGGUAAGAAGAUUGCUGCUUACGCUAAUUUGCUCGCGCUGGCCCUUCAAGAUAGGCAAAUAUACACUGCAACUUUGGAAGAGUUGAAAGAGUGCUUCGUAACUCUACUUGGAUUCAUCAAAAUUCCCAUCUCCGACAAGGGAGCAGAAGAGUCUUCGCCAUGGGUAGGGCAGGUCUUACUCGUUAUCGAAAAACUGCUGUCGGAUGAUUCUCAGCCACCACAAAUUGAAUGGAAUCUUCCGCAAUCCUUCGACGACCCUAUCGAUCCCGAACCAGCCUAUAUUAAACCGACUCUGUUGUCUUCUGACGAGAAAAGUCAAUUAUUUGAAGCACUCCUUGAAAUUCUACCGCGAAUAGGGAAAGAUGAGUCUCUCGCCUUAUCAGUUUCUCGAAUCCUUGUCAUUCUCACUCGGGCCCGGAAUAUUGCAGUACGUAUGGGCGAAAAGCGUAACCUUCAGCGUCUCUUUGUCAUGUUGAAACAACUUUCGAGUUCUACGGGCGAUAAGUUGCAAAGUGCUUUUAUGUUGAUUCUACGACAUAUUGUGGAAGAUGAGGACACUGUCCGGCAAAUCAUGAGAAGCGAAAUAACGGCUAGUUUUGAGUCUAGGUCUUCUAGACAGACAGACACGACCGCGUAUGUACGACAGAUGUAUCACCUUGUGUUGAGAUCUCCUGAGCUAUUUGUUGAGGUGACAAACGAGAAACUCAAAAUACAACGUUACGAUCCACAUCAGCGACCCCAGAAUUUAGCAUUGAAAGUCAGCAAGACUGAGAUAGCUCCAGAAAAACAAGAGUCGACUGAUAAAGCUGUGGAUUCUGUUGAAAACAAAGAACCGACGGAGACGAAGGAUAAAGGCAAAGCUGUCGAACUAAAGCCUCCAGUUGUCGGAAACCCUGACGGUGUUAUCCAUUACCUGUUGUCGGAGUUGCUGUCCUAUCGUGAUGUGGAUGACAAAGAUUCAACAUCAGAUAAUGUUGAAGGAAGUGCUACAAACCCGUCGGAGACUCAAAAUGAUAUCGACUUGUCUGUGAAUGAUAGUUCACCAUCUUCUUCAACCACGGAUCUCUCCACCGCGCGUGAUUCCAAAAGCCAAGAAAAGCCUACUUUCAAGGCAGACGACCAUCCAAUUUAUAUAUACCGAUGCUUCCUUCUUCAAUGUCUGACCGAGCUUCUUUCGUCCUACAAUCGGACAAAGGUGGAAUUUAUUAAUUAUUCACGCAAAGCAGACCCGUUAGCCGCUACCCCGUCUAAACCUCGAGGAGGUGUGUUAAACUAUCUACUUCACACGUUAGUUCCCACCGGGACAUUGGAGCACGAUGAAUCAGUGGCCUUCAAGAAACGUAGCAACACGUCUGCUUGUGCCAUGAGAGUUAUAGUAGCUUUGUGUACGAGAACAGGUGAAUUUGGAGGGAAUAGCAGAAGGCGAAAUGUUGAAGACGAAGAAGAGGAGCCUGAGUUGCUUUUCGUUCGACGCUUUGCUCUUGAACAUGCUCUUAAGGCAUAUAAAGAUGCUAUGUCUUCCACCGAAGCACUCGAUAUGAAAUAUUCGCGUUUAAUGUGCCUAGCGGACCUCUUUGAUAAAAUGCUCAGCGGUUACACUUUCGCUAGCGGCGACUCGACAUUCCCUUCCUCUACUAGACAACUCGCUAAGACCAUGUUUGAGAAGCAUUUCAUCUCUGCAUUAACAGCCUCCAUUGCCGAUGUCGACCUUAAUUUCCCCGCCUCGAAAAGGGUCAUCAAGUACAUACUUCGGCCUUUGAACAAAUUGUCUCAGACGGCCGUCAUCUUGAGUGAAACUUCAAGCAUCUCCAACUUGGGUGAGACCGAAGAAGAUGAAAUCUCAUCAGCGACAUCCGUUUCCGAUAUGGAUGAUGAUCGGGAAGAAACCCCAGAUCUCUUCAGGCAUUCCACUCUAGGCAUGUUAGAGCCUAAUCAUGAAGAAGACACGAGUGAGGAGGAAUCUGAAGAAGACGAUGAGAUGUAUGAUGAUGAGUAUGGUGAUGAAAUGGACUAUGACGAGGACCUUCCUGAAGAUGAUGGCGAAGUUGUUAGCGAUGAAGACGAGGAGCUUGAUGGCCCAGGUCCUAUUGAGGGCUUGCCGGGAGAUACAGGCAUGGACAUUGAGGUCCUUCUGGAUGAAGAUGAAGGCGAUGAGAGUGACGAAGACGACGAAGACGACGAAGAUGACUCAGACAUGGACGAAGACGAUGAUGAUGAUGAGAUUAUGGCGGGAGAAAUAACCGGCGACCGAGAUAACGACAGCUUGGCGGGCGACGAGGAUGAUGAGUGGGAAAGUGAAGACAUGUCCGAGGACAAUGAGGAGGCAGCGGAGAUGCUGAACCAGUUGGAGAACGAAUUUGCUGACAUGAGACAUGGCGAUCAGCAAGGUGAUGGGCAGCGGUUUGGAAAUCUCUUCCGUGUUAUUCAUGAAGCCACUGGUGUCGAUGAUUUCCCAGCAAACAGCAUAGGAGGUGAUGCACAAGAAGAGCUUAUGGUUGACGACAUGAACGGAGAUGAGGAUGAAGACGAAGAUGAGAUUGAUGAACUGGAGGAAGAACUAGAUGAAAUGGACGAUGAUCAAAUUUCUUAUGAUGAAGGAAUUGAUG